GUGAAGGACUCUAUUCCUCGUCCGAGCACGCUUCUACUGGGUCAGGUCGCGACUCGACACAACCCAUUAGCGGUUGGAGCGCUCUGCUUCUACUUCGUCGUCUUCGUCUUCGUCUCCGUCUUCAUCUUCCGCUCUUCGUCUGGGUACGGAAUAGGAAGAAGAAAAAGUAGCAGCAGCAGUAGUAGUAGUAGGAAUCGAAGAGUCGAAUUGAAGACAAAAGAGGCAAAAUCCAAUAUUUCUCUAAACCUAAAUACCUCGAGGUUAACUUUUGGAUUUGACCCAUCAAAGGCAAAACAACUUUCAUGGCAUCCAAGGGUCUUCUUAUAUGAAGGUUUUCUUUCUGACGAGGAGUGUGACCACCUAGUAUCUCUGGCACAUGAUAAGCUAGAAAAAUCUUUGGUGCGUGAUAAUGUCACAAGCAGCAGCAGUAUUCACACGGGCACCAGGGCGAUCGUGACCAUUGUUCGAGAUGAUAUUAUCUCAGAGAUUGAGGAAAGAAUAUCAUUAUGGACCUUUCUUCCUAGAGAAAAUGGAGAAGACAUGCAAAUUUUGCACUAUGGAGUUAAUGAAAGCUACGAACCACAUUUCGACUACUAUCGGGAUAAUUCCGAGGUAGUGUCUGGUGAGAAUAGAAUUGCAACAAUUUUACUAUAUCUCUCUGAUGUUUCUCAUGGUGGUGAAACAGUCUUCCCGAACUCUGAGGUAAAAAACACUCAACAAAAGGAUGAGACACGGUCAGAAUGUGCUGUGACUGGCUAUGCAGUGAAUAUUGUGAAGGGCAAUGCCCUUCUAGUUUUCAAUUUGAAUCUUGAUGCUACGCCUGAUGAGCGUAGUCUUCACGGCAGCUGUAAGGUGCUUGAUGGAGAGAAAUGGAUCGCAACAAAAUAUAUCCACGUUGGAGCAUUCAGCGCCACAAAUGCCACAAAGUCUCUGGCGGCUUCCAGUGACGUUGAGUGCACAGAUGAGGAUGACAAUUGUCCGCGGUGGGCUGCAAUUGGGGAAUGCCAGAGGAAUCCAGUCUUCAUGGCAGGCACUCCUGACUACUAUGGAGCGUGUCGGAAGAGCUGCCACAUUUGCUAGAUCUUCCAACUUAACAUGGAAUGGUUGCUUCCAUUAAUCAUGUACACGUGAUGUCUUCUUUGAAACUAUCGUGAUUUUUUGUAGUUUAUUUGGUAUUUUAGAACGUGUCUGUUGAUCUUUUUCUUUUCUUUUUUUUUUCUUGGAUCUUCAGUCUUUUUCUGUAAAAUCAAUAACAAUGCUAGCGGAGCAGAAGAUAGUACUCAGUUUUCAGAUUA